CUUCAAAAUACAUAAGAAAAUAAAUAGGACUUUUUCUUCAGCAAUACAGACCCAAAGCCAAGCAGGAAAUGGGAAAGGAGACAGUAAAGGAAAGGAUGCUUCUUUCCAGGAUGAGAUUACAAUAUCAGGAAACAAUAUGAAACAAGCCCUCACAGGUGUUUAGUGCUCAGAUUUUAUGUUUAGCUCUCUCUAUAUCUGUAUCUCUCACUUUCUCACACACUCUCACAUUGUUCUAUAGUCAAUAAAUGAUUAAUAAUUAACAAUUAAAAAAUGAAUAACUUAAUGAUAAUGAUACAUCAGUAAUAUCAAAAUAGUCUCAUAAUUCACAUUAGAUGGUGAAAUCUAAAAAUACUGUACGACCUGACUCAUUCAAAAAGGAACAACUUUUAAAACAACAAAUCAACAAACAAAAUUUCAAAUCGGAAAAGUACAGGCAUCAAAUUUUAGCUUGCCUCCUUUCAAACACUAUUUAAGAAAGGAAACAUCUGUGAACAAAUUUGGUAACUCAUUCCGUAUUUAUUUACGUAAUACAAAUGACUGAUGUAUAUCAAUAAUCUGUAAUACACUUCGCCUCAUCUCAUCCCAAACCUUGAUGUUUUCUUUCUUCCGUGGAAUACACAUACGUUAUUUUCAUGUUAUUUAAGGGUUAAGGAUUAAACCUAGGAAAAAUCAUAACUACAUUUGUUGGUUUGUUUAUUUUUCUCAAUGAGAGUAAAAUAAUUGCUGUUGUAUAGAGAAGAACUGUAUAAAGAGUCUUCAAAAGUUCUUCUUUUGUGUUCCACUGAAAAAGAAAAAACCUACAGCAUGGGUUUUGAAUGGGUGAAUAAAUAAUGACAAAAUUUUCAUUUUGGGAUGAACUAUUCUUUUAAUAAAGAGAAUCAAACUUGUUGAAAAAGGCCUAAAGACAGUUGUAUUAGGACUAAUUCACCCAGAGGAAUGUGUUCAAUUUCUGUGCUGUUUCAUCAUUGUAAAUCAGUUGCAGGUUUAAUUUAAAUAUGGGGACAAUUAAAGCCUUAAAUCAAAUUUCAGCAAAAGAUGUCAGUGUGAAGUAAAAACAACAACCUUAUUAACCAAUAGAAUUUAGAAUUUUUGCAGCAGUGACAAAAUCUGUAAAAAAAACAAAAAAAACAAUCUUGUGUUGAGCGGGUAGAAUUCAGUGAAGCUGUCAGCUGAGGACAUGUGGGUCGUCUAUUUCUCAAACUAAAGACUCUGAUGUACUUAUCCUCUUGUUUAGUUGUACAUCUGGCCUUCCACAUCUCUUUCUGUCCUUGUUAGAGCCAGUUGUCCUUUGACUUUGAAGACUGUAGUGUACACCUUUGUAUGAAAUCUUCAGUUUUUUGGCAAUUUCAAGCAUUGUGUAGCCUUCAUUACUCAAAACAAUGAUUGAGUGACGAGUUUCUAGAGAAAGCUGUUUCUUUUUUGCCAUUUGUGACCUAAUAUUGACCUUAAGACAUGUCAGUCUAUUGCAAACUGUGGCAAUUUGAAAACAAACACAAAGACAAUGUUAAGCUUCAUUUAACGAACCAAAUAGCUUCAACUGUGUUUGAUAUAAUGGCAAGUGAUUUUCUAGUACCAAAUUAGCAAUUUAGCAUGAUUUUUUUGCAUGAUCAGUCAUAUUUUCAAAAUCAAUGCCAAAAUUUCACAAUUUCUGUCAGGGUAUGCAAACUUUUGAGCACAAAUGUGUAUAUAUAUAUAUAUAUAUAUAUAUAUAUAUAUAUAUAUAUAUAUAUAUAUAUAUUGGUUGACAGGCUUCAGUCUUUUCGACAUAUAUGAUGAUGUUGGCAUUUACACUUGUUUACAUUUACGGGAGAAAACAUUAUGUAAAAAACGUACCUCUUCAGCAUUCAGCAUCCGAUCUAACGGUGCACUUUCCUGUGUAUGGUGUCAAGUUUCAACAUAUACGAAACAGAUAUUAAUAAAUGCCUAUUUUACCAGCCUGUUGUAUUAGUAUUUAUUUAUUUAAUGUCCCUUAUUCAUUUUAGAUAGUUAUUGAAUAUUGUUAUUUACAUAGGCUAAAUAUCCCAUUAAUGAAAUUUUGUUUUAUUAUGUAUCAUAUUUUAAUUGUCAAAUCAUUUUUAUUUGUAUAGCGCUUUUCACAGCACACAUUGUUUCAAAACAGCUUUACAGGAAAUCAUGCAUUAACAAAAAAUAAAAAAUAAACAAAUGAAACUGUAAUAUCUAUAAUGUCUUACAGUGAUAAUUGUGUAGUUUGAUUAAAUAUGAUUGUAAAACGUGUAUAGAAAUUAAAUAAUUAAAUAAUAAUUGUAUUUAGAACCCCUGUGAGCAAGCUGAAGGCGACUACAGAUAUAAUUUAUUACAGCUGACAGUUACGAGCAAACAAGGUUUUAACAAGAUCAAACUGAAAUUCACGGAUUUUUAACACUUCUGUGUACAAAUGUAAAGGCUGCUUAUUGGAUCAAUACAGGUAAACAUCAUAUGCGACUACGCAUUACUUUUCUAGUUAAGUCUUGCCUUAAGAACAGGUGGUGCAACCAAAUUAAGCACUGACUUAGUAACAAACUAACUAGUAGUUACUAAGCCCUUAGUGUGAACUUUACGUCUCAACUUAAGUGAGACCUUACGCACAGCUGGUGCAACCCUAACCAGAGGCCGUUUUUUUAAAAUGAAUGUCUAUGGAGGAGAUGAUUCAGUGUGCUGAUUAUACUGCUUUUGUGAGAAAACAACUCACCACUAUAAACUGACCGCUUUCCGCUAAUCUUCAACAUGUUUAACGCUAAACAAUCCUUUUGGAAUGAACGUGUUGAGUUUACUAAGAGACACGGACAAUUUUGCGACAUGUAGGUGUCAGUUUACGGCUCUCAUUCAUUUUAAUACUAUCCGCAAACGGUGACUUACUGUCGUAAGAGAAGAUCUUUGCAAGGGUUGUCGUUUGUGAAGUAAACAAAAAUGUCCACUGGUCUAGCAAGUGUCUCCCCCUGGUGUUUGAAUGGUAAAAUAUGUUUUGGUGCAAUAGAACGAACAAUUGUAUCUUUUAAUAUUUUUUUAUUAUUAUUUUUUUAUUGCGAGUAUACAAAUAUUAUACAUAGACACACAGAUACCUAAAACAUAGAACAGUACAGGAACAAAAACAGAUACAGACACAGAACCAGGGUAACAGAUAUACAUACAAAUGUAUAUUCAAAUCAAUAGAAGGAAAAAAAAAAGAAGUUUCUUAAGAGGUCACAAAAGUUGAAUAUAAAAGCACAGUUGAUAGUUUUCAAAUACUCAACAAGCUCAAUCUUAAUGAAAGAAAGGUUUAGAAUAAUUAUAUUUGCAUUUGUGUAUAUAGUAUUUUGCUAGUAGGAAACAUAAAUUAAUUAUGUAACAUUUUUCUUCAUUUUCUCUUGAGUAGUCAAUCAUUCCAAAAAAUACAUCUUUAAAACUAUAAGAGAAGUCACUUACAAAGUGAGAUUGAAUAAACAUUAGAAUUUCUGACCAAAAUUUCUGUAUUUGGAUACAGUACCAAAACAAAUACAAGUAAUGUUUUCCACAGAGGAUUAACAGAAAGAGCUGUUUACAUCAAUGUCCGAUUUAUAUCGCUUAAGAAAAGCUUUAGUUGGGUAGAACCUAUGUAUCAAUUUAAACGUUAUUUCUUUUACUUUAUUUGUAAGCAGAUACUUUUGGGGCAUGGACUAUAAUUUAUCCCAAGGCACAUUCUCUGCAAUGUUAAUCCAGUAUGGUAUUAUGUAAGAAAUUGUUACUAUCUCUCUCUGGAAAAUUGCUCUUAUUUUACAAUUAUUAAACUGCUGCUCUGCAGAGAAACAUAUAUUGCCAACCAUUGUAUCAGCUAAAUUCAAAGAAUGGGUAGACGGCCAUGGAAAGUCAUUACCUUGCAGCAGCAAUGACACUCCAGAGGGAACUGCAUCGAAAACAAUUGCAUAUUCUUUAGCAGUUAUAGGAAUUUUGUACUUCUGUAAAGAAUCUAUGUAGCUAUAAAGUCUACCAUAUGGGUUAAAAAGUCGUCCAAAUAAAAUAAGAUUGUUGUUAAACAAAUGAUCAAAAAAGAGUGAUCUAUUUUUGUAGAGAAUGUUCUUAUUAUUCCAAAUGUAAUAUCUGUGCGGAGAGAAGUUAUAGAAGGUAUAUCAGGGACCAAGCCAAAUGCAUCUGCUUAUGAAAAUUGGACGAUUUGAUUGGGAUCUUUUUGACAUCAUAAUUACAAAGUAAAAGAAAUCUCAAGCCACCAACUUUAGAAAAAAAUAUAAUUAGGGAUAAUGUUCCAAAGCAAUGAGGAGUUAUUAAAAAAGUGCUUAAGCCAAUUAAUUUUAAAAGUAUUGUUUAAAGUAGUGAAGAAAAAUUAAGUCCCCCCUGAUUAAUUGGGUUCAUCAUCACAGACUUUUUAAUGAAAAGGUUUUAUUUUUCCAAACAAAAUUGUAUAACAUAUUUUCAAAUUUUCUUAAUACCCCUUUAUCAACCUCCAAAUAGAGAGAUUUGCGUAAGUGAGUCUGGACAACCCUUCAGCUUUAGAAAGUAAAAUUCUUCCUUUAAUUGACAAGUCUCUUUGCAACCAAGAGUUUAAUUUCUUUUGGGUUUUCUCUAUAAGGGGGUCAAAAUUGAAUCUACACCUUGUAGUUUGGUCUUUUUUAAUUAUUAUUCCAAGGUAUGAAAUUUGAUCUUUCACUGGAAUGUUACAUAUAGAAGGAACAUCACAAUUUUUAAUGGGCAUUAGUUCACAUUUAUUGACAUUUAAGUGGAGACCUGAAGCCCUGGAGAAAGUGUUAAUCAAUCUUAAAGCAAUAGGGACUUGGGAAGCAUCAUUCAAAAACAAUGUGGUGUCAUCGGCCAGCUGGCUAAUAAUAAUUUGUCUAUUGUCGAUUGUCACACCAUGUAAAUUACUAUUGGAAAUAUGAAGAGCCAAAAAUUGAGAGGCAAGCAAAAACAAAUAUGGGGAUAUAGGACAGCUUUCCGUUUGGGAGAUAUUGUUAUCGCAAGCUUCUUUAUCUUCUGCUGAAAUAAUUUUAUUUUGACUAACUGAAUAAAAAAAAUAAAAAAUAAAAUAAAAAGAAUUGGCUGAUUUAUCGCAAUAUCUUGAUGUAUAUAAAUUAUUAUAAAACUUGGAGCAAAAAGAUGCUAUGUCUUUAGGGUCAUCAAGAACUCUUUCAUUAGUUCGAAGACAGUCAAGUGAAGCAUUCAUUAGCUUUUUCCAACCUAAAAUAGUAGGCUGAAUUUUGUUCCCCUUAUUCUAGCCAUAUUUUUCCAGAUCUAAUAUAGGCUCCAUUAGCUUUUGAUCUAUACAGUUCAUCUAAUUUAUUUUGUAGUCUGGAGUAUUCAUAUUUUUGACUGCCGGAUAAUGGCUCCUUAAAAGAUUAAGAGGUUAGUUGUGAAAGAAAUUCUUCUUCUGCUAUCCUAUUUUGUUUUGCUAUAUUACUUCCAAACAUCCUAAGAAAUUUCCCCAAUUCGUAUUUUAAAAGCUCCCAAUUUCACCCAUAAACCUUUUGUGUCUCUGCUCUAUUCCAGUAAGUUUUGAUUUGUUCAUUAAUUUGCUGCUUCACCUUUUCAUAGUUAAGGAGGGAACUAUUUAACUUCCAGAGUGAUGCUUUUGAGAUUUUGAAGGUAUUAUUUUGGGAUAAAUGUACUGAAAUAUAAAUAGCUUUAUUGUCAAAGGACUGUUGCUAAUAGUAACAGAAAUAUUGUUUCUCCUUAAUGUUUUAGAGAUCAACCAGUAAUCAAUUCUAGAUAGUUUCAAACAGUCCUUGUUACACCAGGUGUACUGAGCUUCAUCUGGAUAAAUUUUUCUCCAAAUAUCAAUCAAAUCAAAUUUGUCCAUAAACGUUUUCAGGUUUGAGUUUGAAUAUAUUGUUUUUCUUGGUGGGUACACCUAACAUAUUAUUUGUUCCUAUAUUAAAGUCAACACCUAGAACCAGUAAGGCAGUAAGGUAUUUGCUUAACGUGUAUGAAUUAUUUUGAUCCAGAAUAUUUUUUUAAAUAUAGUUUUUUCAGACCCCUGGCAUUAAUAGAUAACAAAGAAAAAGACUAGGGAUGGGCGAUACUACUUGUUUUCUUUUCGAUUCAAUACCAAGUACUUUUAGGCCAGUAUCAUCGAUAUCGAUACCAAUACGAUACCUCUAAUACAUUUCAUUUUUACGAAUUCUUUGGAUAAAAUUAGUAACUUAAAUUAUUCAUUUUUUUAAUAUAUUUAUAGGCCUAAGCAGAAAAUUAUUAGGCUGCUUUGUUUACCUUUCAAAAAUUAGUAAGUAUAAGCAACAUAUAAAACCACAAAAUUAACCAUAGAUAUUAUUAUAUGGCUACUAUUACUAAAACCAAGUCACAAUAUGGAUACAACAGUAAUGCUGUAGCAAAACCAUGGUUAAUUGUACCAAAUCUUGGUUACUGCUAAACCCCCCCGCCAAAAAAACAUGGUUACUACAGUCGUGGUUACUAGUCAAGGUUAAUACAAUAUUACUACAGUAAAUCCAUGGGCAGUUUCAUAAGGGUAUCAUUUAUUAACAAGGAUUAAAGAUCAUUAUCAAUGUUUUAACACCUGAAUUUAAAUACGCCUGUAAAAAUUGUCACACAAGCCCAUUAUUAUACAUGUCACUUCUAGAUUUGUCAUUACUUAGAGUGAAUAACUCCAAAUGCUGUUUUUCUGACAUUACCUCAGUAAAGCACUGCUCCCUCUUUGAACGAGCACUGUGACUGAAAGGGUGAGUGCUGUCUGUGACUGCUAGUGUAUUUUAGCAUUUCUGCACAUCAAGAUGAGCGGAAGAAAAAAUAGUUCCGGCGCCAUGCAACAAUUUGCUAAUAUAAUUCUUUUUUCCACUUCGAAGCUUAUGAGAUGCAUUAAUAUUCAUGUUAUCUAAAUAAUAAGAUCACUAGUUAAAGAAUCGAUAAUUUUAUGUGAUAUUCUUGAUACCACAUCAGUAUCGGAAGUAUCGAUACUUGAGUAUCGAUCUGCCCAUCCCUAACAAAGACAUAACAUGUAACACAACAAAAGAAUAUAUUGAGAACUAGGUAUAGAACAAAAUACUAAUUUGAGAAAAUGAAACUUCUCUUAAACAGCUCAAACGUUAAAUUUAUGUCUUGCCUACCUCUGCAACAGAACAUCAAGCAGAAUAAAGAAUAUAAGGGUUAGUGUGGAAGUCUUUUUUGCUUUUUAUCGAUCUAUUCUUCUCACUUUCCUUCCCUUUUCAAUCUUUUUCUGAUAUCUUUAUUAGAGCGACUGCUUCUUUACGUAUUUAGCUUGUAAAAUGUAUAAAAUGGAUGACGUUACUUUAACAUUUUUCAGCUCCCUAUUUUGAUAGCACAUUUACUCAACUGAACCAGUUUACCUAAAUUUCAAAUACAUAGAAAAAAUAGCUAAAGGAAACAUAAAUAUGGGAGCGGUAAAUCUAUUCGUGCAUGCCCGUGAGCAGAGGUGCAAAAACCAUAUAUGCAAGGUAUGCAAUGCAUAGGGGCGCCAUGUAAAGUUCACCAUGUACCAGCGGCUGUGGUGCAGUCAGCCUCCUCGACCCCUCCAACAUCUCACCCCCCAAAUACCCGCUGGGAAAUUUGUAGUUGCGCUCCUACCCGUGAGUUUAGCAAAGUCCAACUAUGCAGUAAAAGUUAAAUGAGUGUACCACAGCAUCCUUCAGUCUAACUUAGAUGGUUUGACAAAACCCUUUUACCAUCAAUGUAUGCAAAGGGGCCUCUGAAGCCUGCUUUCUUCCCCUCCUUUCUCACUCAUUCAACAAGUGGCCACAGUUUAUUUCUGGUGUGCUUGGUGCUUUGCAUCAAGUCUUCGAGAAUUCUGAUUCUGAGGAAGUCUGAAGUUCUCGCAUCUCUCCAAAUUUUAUCCCGGACACUGCGUUAAAGAAACUGCACAAUGAUGUGACGGUUUGAGCGUGUAUCUCCGGAACGUGGGCCCAGUCUGUGAGCAAUGUCUACCGAAUAGAUGAGCUAGUUGCCAAAGUCAGGUGAGAUUUUACUGAACACAUUGAUGAGAAUUCUUCGGACAUCUUCUCCUCACUAUUCCAGCCACUCAUAAAUUCCAUCUCCUUUUAUAAAUGUAAAGUGAGCCAGCUGAUAGAUAGCUGUGCAGCGUGUAAACUGCACUCUCCUGACCUCAAGAGGUGCACUAGCGACUGACGCUAAAGGCUGUAGCCUUUAGCCUCCUUGUAAGCGCACCCGCCUCCCACGCCGGAGAUGCCAGUUCAAGUCCCGUUCGGAGCGGGGCAAGCAGGACCGGUUACAAUAGUGCCGUGACCCGGGGGGUGAGUGUAACGGGAGCCAACUGGUAGAUAGCUGUGCAGUGUGUAAACCUCACUCUCCUGACCUCAAGAGGUGCACUAGCGACUAACACUAGAGGCUGUAGCCUUUAGCCUCCUUGUUAGUGCACCCACCUCCCACGCCGAAGAUUCCAGUUCGAGUCCCGUUCAGAGCGGGGUGAACAGGACCGGUUACAUAAGCAUCCAGCUCCUCACACUUGUCAAGUAGCACACAGUUUUCCUUUUCGAGUGACUCUGUGGUUUUAGACGCGUCUUCGCUUUUGAACACGGCGUCCAGUAAUUUUUUGCAUAAGAAUGCAUGGCACCUCGGAUAUAUUCUUCCAUCAAACACAGCAAAAUGUCAAAAGGAACGAAAAAAGAAACUUCUUCAAAUCAUAUUAACUGUUAUUACUGUUACUACUUUAAGCCCUCAUACACGUAAAGUCGCAAAAAUGUCACUUAUGAUGCAUUCGACUGCAGAGCGUCAGCAAGAGGAUGUUACUCAGACUCCAUCUUGGCUCCCCCACCCCCCUGAUCUUUUAAUUUUGACUCAUAACAUUUACAAUGACAACUAUGUGAAAACCAAAGAAAUGUAUGUGAUUUUGAAAAAAAUCAGUAAUGAACAAACUGGAUUUUGUGUGAUGCACCUGUCGAGGGGUGGAGUCGGUGAGGUCAUUGUGGAAGGAGGGAAGGGAAUCUGACUUACAAAGAGCAAAGGUGUGUUUACAUUGUAGACUUAUGAGAAUACAGAUAGAUCACAGAAAUAAGAAAAAUUAUGGAUAUGCCUACAACAGACUUUUUGAGGUGACAUGAUGGCCUGCGUGCGGUGCCUAUAUUUGCAAGCUGUUUGAGUCAUACUUGGGUUUUUGUGUGUUUUGCUUUGUUUUGGUGGAAAAUAGAAAAGAAACAUGCUGAAGCUCGAGGUGAUUGGGCUCGUGCUCUGCAUCUUUCCAGCACAGCUGUUGUCAAUCCAGGUUACAGUUCCUCAGACGGAGAGAUACACAACUCUGUUUGCUUCUGUAAUUCUGCGGUGUGACUACUCCACCUCUGCAAGCCCACAAGAUGUCCUGGUCACAUGGCGAUUCAAGUCUUUCUGUCUGGAUCCAGUCCUGGAAUAUUAUUCAACUGCAUACCAAGCAGCUUUGGCCCUCAAGCAGGACCCAGCCAAUGAUUGUCCAGACAAUCAGCGCACUAUUCGCAUUGUGAUUCAAAAAAGGGGCAUCAAUGAAGCUACUCUGGGGACAGAGUAUAGAGAGCGCAAGAUCUCCAUUCAAAACACUGCAGACCUGGUUAUUAAUGAGGUCAUGUGGUGGGACAACGGCAUGUAUUACUGCUCCAUCGAUGCAACUGGUGAUGUUGUGGGAGACUCUGACAAGGAAAUCAAACUCAUCGUGUAUCAUUGGCUGACUGUUUUGCUCAUCAUUCUUGGGGCAUUACUCCUGAUCAUACUGACUGGUGUCUGUUGCUGCCAGUGCUGUCCUCAGAAUUGCUGCUGUUAUGUGCGUUGUCUCUGCUGUCCUCGCACUUGCUGCUGUCCAGAAGAAGUGGUGAUGCGCCACAAGAUGAUGCGUGAUGCUCAAAAUGCAAUGGUACCUUGGCUUCAUGGACAGCCAAUUUAUGCCCCCAUUGCUUCAAAUGCAAUGUCUCAGGGGAACCCAUUUCUGUAUUCAGGCUCUUUAUCCGAUCUUCCAUCUAAACACAGCCUUCCCAUGGGCCCAAUGGCCAUUCCUCCCCCUCAGGCUGCCCCACACUUUGUACCUCCCCAUGGAUAUCAUGCAAAUGGCAGCAUGAGUGGAAGUGUACAUGGCAAUAACCAGGUGUUAGAUUUUGUGGAGAACCAGGUAAGAGGGAUGGAUAUGGGAGUCCCGAUGCUCCAGCCUCAGCAUCACUAUGCAGCAGUCCCACUCCAAAACCAUCAACUUCAAUACAUGGCCCAACCACACCAACCGACACCCCAGGCUGUGCUUUUUUCAGCUAGGCCACCCAGCAUGCUCUCCGCCCUGGAUGAGAUGGGUGUCCAAGGUGUGGAGCGCAGAGUCAUCCAGCUGCCUCCCAUUGUGGGCAGAGCAAAACAGAACUCUCGGCGGGCCGAUGAUGGUGCCCGUGGGAGACCUCGGCAGUCUAGUCAAUCUAGUGGUAGUUCAAACCGCACAGGUCAUCAAUGUGAUAACUCCUGGAGGGUGCCAGCAUCUUCACGGAGAGGGAUACAACACAACUACAUUGAUGAGUCUGACUGGGGUGACAAGCGUGGAGGGCGAGGUUCUUCAGCAUGCAGAAGAGGUUCAGACAGGUCUCGUCCACGUGCUCCCAGUAAAGGCGAGCUGCUGGAAGAAUUGGAGCGUGCAACCACUCGGAGGGACAGGAGUUAUUCACCUGUUCCACGCAGGGGCUCCUGGAGUUCAGAUGAGGAGGACAGUUAUAGAAUGGAAAAGCGAUCUCAAGGGAGAUUGUCAGGGAAACCACCAACUUACUCUUCCAUUGACAUUCUGCCUGGCCACAGCAGGAGAGGCGACCACUUCUCAGAUAAGAGUUCUCGCAGUGGCACAAGUAUGGCGAUCUGAAUCCUCAACCUGCCUUGUCCUUCAUUUCCAAUCUGAUCAGUCACUACUUACCACCACCUACAUGAAUGUCUACUGGAGCAGUCUACUGUCAUUGGGACUAAUAAUGCACUUUUGCACUGAAAUAAAAAAAUGUAUCACAGGUGGACUGCAUUAGACAACUGGAAGACAGUAAAUGCACUGUAUGUCUUUUUUAAUACUCAUUUUAUCUAUUGUAGGCUGUGGAUAUUUUGCAGGGCUAUAGCUAGUGGGGUGAAAGAUGGUAAUGAUUCUAGGGCCCCACAUCAAAUUAUGAACUGUAUUUUUUAAUAGGAAAGGGUCCCAGAGCAAUAUAUAGUCAGGGGACCCUGAAUAUUUUGCUACGGUAUAUGCCCCGUUAUGUGAUCACUUUAUUUUUUUUAUAUACUGCUAAUGGAACAUUUUUAUUGUACAUUAUUAAAUUAACCACUAAGAGGUUUUUGGUAAUUUUUUUAGUACAAUCUUUGGAAUAUGCUCAGUGGCACUUCUGUGAAGGUUAUACAUAAAAGAGCCUGUUUUGUUCAUUUAAGUUUUCUGUUUACUUAGGUUUGGUCUUUGGAGAAGUUCUGUUGGUUUGUUGAUUAUGUUCAUAUUUGGUGCUGUCAUCUAGAAGUUGACCGAUAGUGGGUUUUGAUGAUACUGAUAGCUAAGGUGGUGGAAAAGGCAAAUAACCGAUUAAUCUGCCUUACUGUGUCUAUUCUUACUGUGUUGGGUACAGACAUAGAUGCUACAAGAGUUCGAAACAAAUAAUAUCCUGGAUGCAGUGUAUUGUUAAACAAAAGUCCCAAUAUUCCGAAAAAAUAAAGAUUUGGAUAUGGAUUUGCAUAAUGCGAGGCUUUUAACUAUAAAUAAGCCUGAAACACACUGGGGACUGUUAAUUUUUGAGAAUUGACUCUGUUAUAAUGCUCUAUGUAUGCUGUUUAGCAAAUUAAGCUUUUAAAGACUAGAUUUUUACUAGAUGAAGAUGUACAGUUCUGAGCAAAGGUUUUAGGCACUUGUGAAAAAUGUUGCAUAGUGAGGAUGUAUUCAAAAAUAAUGCCAUAAAUAAUUUUCAUUUAUCAAUUAAUGUCAUACAAAGUCCAGUAAAAAUAAAAAAGCUAAAUCAAUAUUUGGUGUGACAACCUUUGCCUUUGAAACAGCACCAAUUCUCCUAGGUACACCUGGACACAGUUUUUCUUGGUUGUUGGCAGAUAUGAUGUUCCAAGCUUCUUGUAGAACUUGCCACAUGUUGAGAUCCGGGUCUGUGGGGGCCAUACCAUCUGUUUUAGGGCUCCUUGUUCUGGAUUAUGACUGGAUUGGUUCGGUUGAUGAAUGGAGUCAGCACAGUGAUGAUGAGUGACAGGGUAGGUGUCCAGUGAUGAGGCCUGAGAGAUAUGAGAGCGGAGUAACAGCAGAGAGAGAGAGAAGCAUACAGCCAACAGCACAACAGCUCUCGUGGCGUAACAUUCUUCUAUUCAAUUCUAUUUGCAAAUGGAAUGUUGAAAUCUAAAAUUGAUA